AUGGUGCCAGAUGUCAUCAGCUGCAGUGCUGGCAUCAGCGCGUGCGAGAAAGGCGGGCAGUGGCAACUAGCACUAUCUUUGCUGAGAGAGAUGUUUGGUGCGAAGGUGUGGCCCAACAUCACCAGCUACAGUGCUGGGAUCAGCGCGUGCGAGAAAUGUGGGCAAUGGCAGUUUGCGUUGAUACUGCUCAGCGAGAUGUGGCAUACAAAGGUGAAGCCAGACGCCAUCAUCUAUAAUGCUGGGAUGAGCGCGUGCGAGAAAGGGAAGAAUUGGCAGCAGGCGCUGCUGUUGCUUACCGAGAUGUCGGACGCGAAGAUCGAUGCCACCUCUUCAGCUACAGCGCUGCGAUCAGCGCGUGCGAGAAAGGGCAGAACUGGCAGCAG